AUGCAUGCCUCAUUAUGCAGUCCUUUUACCGAUCUUGCAUCAGAGUCCAUCUUCACUGCGGUUCUCUUCAACCUCAUUCUGGCCGGAUGUGUCUUUGCGGUUGCUUUCAUCAUCCGAAUUCUCGUUUUUGUCAAAUGGACCGGCUGGCGUGUCAUGAGGCCUUGGCGCUUAUCGCGGCCGAAACCGCCGCCAGUACCGUCGGCCACCAGCAAUGCUCAUUCACGCAGCGCAGCUGCAGCAGAUGGGAGACUACAUCGCUCCGUUUCGUCGACAGACUUGCUUCCAGCUCUGAAUCAACCGCGGACAAACGUGGCUAUAGGAUCCAGAUCAUUGGCCGCAGAAUGUGGUCUUUCUUGGAAAACAAAAUCUUGCAGACAACAUCCGAAGAGGAGUCGAUCGCAACACAGCCUUCUGGAGACUGGCUCUUCUCGUCCGAACUUUGCUGCUUGCCACGAAUCUUUUGAGAACCCUCUUCAUCUGUAUGGUACAGGCCGGCAUGUGAAAGCACUCUCGGCGCACACCAAUUUGGGCCAAUUCAGGCCUUGCUGUCCUGUGGGGGAUCGUAGUAGUUCCAAUGAUGUAGUGCACUCCGAUGGCGAACAGAGGCUUCAGUCUCCAAGGCAACCACGACUAGAAUUUGUCUCUUCAGCCAACAAAGCGGCCCCACGUUCCAGCGCCCAGCCAUUUGUGCGGGACACUUCCUUUCAUCAACACACACGUUGCUUGUUCUCUCAUCCAACAGCUCGUACUGUCAGUGCCCAGCAAAAUGCACCAAUUCAGGCCAUUAAAAGUGUUCUGCAACCUUCACUCGAGACGGAUUGUGAACGAUUUGAGUAUGUAGCUCCGAUGCUUCGCAUCCCGAGAGGUGUACAUCGAGUCCCCAUCACAACGAAUGAAUCUUUCUUCCUGAGCACUUCCAAAUGA